AUGCAUCGUGUUGGAAUUGAGAUUCGUAUCGACGUCGUACGCAACGAUGACCACAUUGGAGGUGACGAUAACGGGAGUCGGCACUACAGCUAUAAGCGCGAUGACAACACGGAGCAUAGUGAAACUGGGAGAAGCGGGUCUUUGCAUGUUCCAGAGACUGAAGCCCGCUUGGAUGAGCGUUGA